UGGAGUGUUGCUAAAUGAUGGCGGUUCUUUGUCUUGCUCUUAUUCCGUUUGUAUUCCUCCUACUGGUGACUCUCUUGCCUCAUGCUAAUGCUGUAACAAGAAAGCCAAUAGUGAUUGUACCUGGUGUCAUGGGUAGCCAGCUAGAGGCACGACUGCACAAGACAAGUUCCUCUCAUAUGUAUUGCUACAAGAAUUACGAUAAAUGGUACAGACUUUGGCUGGAUAUGGACGACAUUUUACCAAUAACUCAAAACUGCUUCAAAGAGAAUAUAAAACUCCAUUACAGCACAAGCACGGGGAGAUAUUCUGAUACUGAAGGUGUUGAUAUCCGAGUAACUGAUUUUGGUAACACAACUGGCAUAGAGACACUGGAUCCUAACAUUGCUAGUGCAAGCUAUUUUGAUGUACUAGUUGAAUAUUUUGUUAAACUUGGCUACACUCGUGGCCUCGAUAUCAGAGCAGCUCCUUUUGACUGGCGAUUAGGACCAGCUGAGCUAUUGGAGCGUCACUAUUUCGAUGCCCUUCGUUCAUUAAUUGAGUCGACCUUUGCCUCUCAAGGCAAUAGAAAAGUCACGCUCCUCGUACACAGCAUGGGCGCUCUAGUCUCCCACUACUUUCUGACAACGUUUGUCACAGAAAACUGGAAGGACAAGUACCUGGAUCAGUACGUGACGCUUGGCGGAGUUUGGGCUGGCUGCUCUAAAGCUCUCAAUGCCCUCAUCUCAGGAGACACUGAUCAAAUAUUCAAAUUAUCAAGUAGACUUUAUGUAAGACCGUUAGAGAGGAGCUUCCCUAGCGAUUACUGGUUGCUACCCAUCCCCUCCAACGAUACAUGGAACACGUCAGUUGUUCUAGUAACGACACCAACCUCAUCCUACAGUGCAUACGAUAUUCACAAGUUAAUUGACAAGCUUAACUAUCCAAAUGGGCCCGUCAUGUAUAGAGGCGUGGUCAAAUCAACGCCACGCCCAUUUUUACCACCCAAUGUGACAACUCAUUGCAUUUAUGGGUACGACCUACAAACUGCCGAGAGUUUUCAUUUUGGUGAUAUCAAUAGUUUUCCGAAUGGGAAGCCAGACAUUGGGUAUAGUAAAGGAGAUGGUACUGUUAGUUUACGAAGUUUGAGAGUCUGUCAGAAGUGGGAGGGGCAACAGGUGUGGCCUGUGAAAAGCUACGAGAUGAAAGGAGCAGAUCAUUUUGGGAUGCUGGACGACCGUGAUGUCCUGAAAAUUAUAGAAAAUUUGGUAGUCAGCUCUAACUGAUGACAACUGCUGUAUAGAAUUAUUUAGUUUAGAAUUAUUUAUAUUUUUUACAUUCCCCCCCCCCCCUUGUGUUCAUAUUUCAAAUAAUAUACCAUCUAAAAGCA